AUGACCAACUCGUCCGCAGCCGGAAUUCGCAGACCAUUGCCACCCGCGGAUGUCAUCAUCACAGAACAACGGUUAACUGGUCUCAGUCAUUCGAAAACUCUGAGGUCGCGUUACACCGCCUCAUGUGGACCGGAGCCAGAGGCACAUGCUGAGCCGUGGCCUCCUGCGCCGCUUGCGGGAUCAGGGGGUCCCGACGACGGAUCCACCGGCGACCCUACGCAUCCUCACCUUCUUCCUUUGCCGCCCCAUGGGGCCAACAAUUGGACGUUAGAUUGUGCUUUUAGCAAUAUUUGUUAUCGCACUAAUUCAUUGCAGGCCAAACAUGAGUUAGAACAGACUGGGCUCUCUGGCUUUGUGGUCGAGGGGCCGGGCUCCCAUGGAACAAAGAAUGGACCGUUCCAUCAACAAUCACUCGUACAGACAACACCCGCCAGAUCCAUCCAGGACGAGGGUCGCUUCGACCAUGGAAUUAUUGUGCCCCCAGUGUAG